AUGGGGCUCUUUGUCGGACUCUUUGGAGCGGGCGCAAGCGCGCGCGCGCACGCUGCACGUCUAGCAGCGCCCCGGCGCGGCGCCCGUCCCCCCGUCGUCGUCCCGCGGCGCGUCGUCCCCAUCGACCCGCGCCCCCCCAACGCCGUGGCGCGUCGCCCCCGCAUGCUCACCGCCAAGGCCGCGGCGCUGCCACCCGAUAGGCAGCCCGAAAUCGGUCCCUCCGAGACCAAAUCCGACAGGGACUUCGAGCGCCGCGAUAACGCUAAUAAUCAGAGAUACUGUAGUAAACCGGACGAGAGCUUCGACAAUUGUAAUGCUUUACCUUGUGUUCCAGGUAACCUAGAUCUGACCAAGAACAAGGCGUUUCGCGAUCGCGUCAAGCUCCCGGCCAAUAUGCGGGCGGAGAACAAGUCAUCCAAAAGCAUCUCGGUCGGCGCGGAAUUCAUUGAGGCACUGCAUAAGAAGCGCAAAGAGGAGGUGCAAGUGCAAAACGAUAGCUACUGGUAUCGAGCACGACGUGACAUAGGUGGUGCAUUGCAUCUACAGAGAGAAGUGGAGCAAGUGACAGGCGACGCGGCAAGCCACUUUUCGCGCGGAGUUGGUUUUGAAGGAUUCUUUUAUGUCAAAAAAGCUAACAAGGAUGGUGAUGUCGUAGCUACGCGAGUCUCUGCGGGUACCGCGCCAACUGCAGUUAAAGCAUGGAACCUCGCAGACAAUGCAUGCAGGGUACGGGACAGCAACCCGGCUGAUAUGCAUUCGCCAGGCUUGCAGGGACGAGACCUACUGGGCACUCACUUUCAGGCAAUCGUGAUUUCGCCGAUCUUCUGUGGCCUCUCACAAACUGAGCGACUAGAACUUAUCGUUGAUGCACUUCUGGAAAAUCCCACCCCAAAAGACGAAGCUGAUAAGCUAGUCAGUUUUGACUGCGUCCCAGCUGAUGGAGAGUGCGCUUCCGUAGAUUCUGGCGUUGUUUGGGUUCCAGAAAGAGUGCCCAAAGGAUUUUCUCCAGGGCGGCUGACCUCCAAGCUUCAGUUUUGCGCACGUCUGACCGGCCUGAAGGCUUCAAAACUUAAUGUUCGAUUGAUGACGCCAGCGCAGUGGAAUCCGCAGAUCCACGCGCCCUUGGAGGCCGAGCGCCACAAUAUUACCAGGGGGCGACGAGGCAAGCUCGGCACGAGCUUGAAAUCAACAAGAGGUAUAAACGCGGCAGAAUCUCCCGGUACCGUUCGCCAUUUGCUGAACCAAGGUCUUGUGAGGAGAGAUGCAAACAUAGCAUCUAUGCGUAGACCGGACCGGGGCAACUGUGGUGACCCGCUUGGACACUUCUUUCACGCCCUGCCCCCCAAACACCAGCUAUUUGUUCUAGCGAAGCAACGGCGUGCAGACGAGGCACUGGAACGUGCUCAGCAAAAGGCCACGGCACGUGCGGCACGUUUGAACUAUGUAGAAGAGCAACACAAGAAAAAAACGACACUUGAGUCUCACGAGACCAAAUCUGGGUCUAUCUUAUCGAGCACUGCACGAGAUCCAAUCAAGGAACAACGCCUGCGGAACGCAUUGUGCUCGGGAAUGAUGUGCAUCGACAAGAAACGUGAGGCACAACUUGCGAUAAGACUUCAGCGUGUCUAUCGCAGCACUAUGCUGCUCCGAGCUUUCCGCCGACGAAAUCGCCGCCAUCUCGCUGCUAUCCGGAUCCAGCGAAGCCUCCGUGGCUGUUAUGGCCGAGUUUACCAUGCCAUUUUCGCACAAGUUUCGACACUCGCGGCAACUCGAAUUGCUACUCGACAUCGCAUUGUUGUUGCUAUUCGCCAGACACAGGAGCGCCGUUUGAUAAUGAAUCUUGGCGCUCUCGUGAUUCAGAACGCCCUUCGGCGGCACCACGCUUUCCACUAUGUUUGCUGGGCACGGAAAAACUGGCAACAUGCAACCAGGCUUACAAAAUGUGCGCGCAAAUUUCUUGCUCGCUCUAGAAACGACCUCAUCCUCUUCUCUAGACUCUUCCAGCGGCGUCGCGCAUGCCGGCGUCUCACCAUCCGAAAACAGGACGGUCUAAAACAGUGUUUUAUUGCCGUGCGUGCUGCAGCACGCAUCGCGGCAACUAUGCGUGGGCUCCAAAAGGUUGCUCGCGGUUACCUGGACCGUAUUUUUGCGUGUGUCCGUCGCAAGGUCGCGAUGCGAGUCACAAAAGAGAGAUUUGUCGCCAUCACAAAUAGUGUCAAAAUACAGCAAAUUUGGCGACUAUGCAUACUAUGCCGCGAGGCUAAGUGGGAGUUCCAGAAGCGGCUUGUGCAUGUCCGCGCCCAGGCGGUAACUUGCAUUACUCGACGGCUUCGCGGACUCUUCGCAAGGCACCAUUAUUCGGCGAUGCGCCACUCAGCCGCCGGGCAUCGACUCAAGUCUGCUCGGAUCAUCCUCAGGGCAUGGCUACGAUAUCGCAGCGUGCAGCGUUUUGCAGUUUUAAAGGAAGCAUGGGAAGUUGAAAAGUCCGCCAAAACAUUAAUGGCCUGGCAUGCUCUUCGUGAUGAUGUUCGAAUCGACAUGGCAGAUGUCCGUGCCGAUGUCAAGGAUAUCCGGUCGUCACGCAAGUGGGCACGGAGGCGGUUGAAGGCCCUGAGAAAUUUCAUGGCAGAGGCUGAGCUUCGGUUGCCCAAGGUCGAAACACAGAUAGAGACGCUGGAUAUCUCUGAUGUUGAGAAUGGGUGGGCCGAGGCCCUGCAAAAUGAGUGGGAACGGCUCACAUCUCAACUCGCCAUGGCGAGUGAGGAAAAGCGGAUCAUGAAGGUCCAUAUUAGUCGUUGUGACGCUGAACUCCUUGAACUUCAGUUAGAGUACGAAGAUAUUGAAGUUGACAUCGACGAUAUCGCGGUGCGCGAGCAAGAGGAAUUUGAGCUUCUACGCCGCCUUGAAAUAAAACGCGCUGACGUACGUGCCCUGGCCGGGUGGGAAAGGCGCGUUCGCAAUGAGCGCAUGCGGUGGAGAGUGAGAGAUGUACGCACACGUGUUCUAAAACGGGAGCGCAAAACCCGGACGGAACUUCUUGCGAAGGCCAUCAAAAAGCGCGAGAUUGCGAUGUCGUCCACGCUUUCGAUACACAAGCGCAAGCAAUUUUUCAAGGAGGCCCAACGAGAAGCCACGAAAGAAGAUCACGCCAACCGGGCGUCAAUCUUGGCGGCAGCGGCUGCCGAUGAGGCCGGCGCUCUCGGCAAGCUCAAGGACACAUACGACUCGGUGAUUUCUGGAUGCGCGGCGCUCCUCCAGAGCGCCACGUUCGAAAUGCGCAACACCGAGUCGCAUGGCAAUACACUCGGCUAA